AUGAAUUGCGAAAAAGAGCAGUCAGCCUUAUUAAUUAAUUAAUCUUAAUAAUGUUACAAUUAUUUUUGUAAUUUGAUUUCAUAAAAUAAUCAUUUAAGAUUAUUAAUUCCAGAAAAGGCAAAAAGAAAAAUUUCUAAUUCAGAAUUUAUAAAGAAAGUAUUUCAAAAAUACAGCAAAAUAUCAAUAAAGAAAAUUUAUAGACUUAGAUUAAAUAAGGACAAAGUUAAAAAUUAUUCAGCAUGUUAAAUAGACCCUCUAUAUAAUUGCUAAUAACUCAAAAAAAAAACUACAAUUCGAUUAAAAGCUCCUCGAAAAAAUAGUUUGUAGGUUGAUUUGAAAUUGAAUGAUUUAGCCAUUUUGAAAAACCCCGAAAACUCUUACUAUUAUUAUUGCAAAGGUAUAAUUCAUUUGGAUGAUUAAAUAGCUGCUACAUUAGAGAAAAUGAAUCGAUAUGAAGAGGCUCUGGAAAAUUAUGAUUUAGCAAUUUCGAGAGAUCCAAAUAAUUCUUACUAUUAUUUUUGCAAAGGUAUAAUACAAUAUAGAAGAUUUCUUAGCUUAUAGUUUAAAUUAAAUGAAAAAAUUUUGGGAUGCACUUAAAUGUUACGAUUCAGCAAUUAAGAAAAACCCGGAAAAUUCUGACUAUUAUAAUAAUAAAGGUAUUAUACAAAUAUUGAUGAUUUCGUAGGUAAGACUUUAGAAGAUAUGAACCUUUGUGAAGCUGCUUUGGAAUGUUACAAUGAGGCAAUUUUGAGAAAUCCAAAUCACUCUACUUAUAUUAAUAACAAAGGUAUCACUGUAUAUGGAUGAUAACAUAGCUCAGAUUCUAAGUAAAUUGAGCAGAAUGGAAGAGGCUUUAGAAUUAUAUGAUUUAGCAAUUUAGAAAGACCCAAAAUAUUCUGACCAUUAUUAUGGCAAAGGUACAAUUACUAUGAUGUUUACAUAGCGAAUACAUUACAUAAAAUGAAUCUAUUUGAUGAUGCCUUGGUAAAUUAUGAUUUAGCGAUUUAAAAAAAUUCAGAAAAUUCAUGUUAUUAUUUCGACAAAGGUAUCAUUCUCUAUGGAUGAUUUCCUAGCUCUGGCUCUAGAUAAUUUGAACAGAAAAGAGGAGGCUUUAGAAUAUUAUGAUUUAGCAAUUUAAAAAGACCCAAAUAAUUCAAACUAUUAUAACGGCAAAGGUAUAACAGCAUCUUAGAUCUAAUUGAAAACAAAUUCAAACAAUCCCAAAGUUGAAGAAGCUUUGGUGAAUUUUGAUAUAGCAAUUUAAAAAAAUCCAGAAGAUUCAAGAUAUUAUAUUAACAAAGGUACAUUUUGCUGAGUUCUUAGCUACUCUUCUACAUUAAGUCCAUAGAUAUGAUGAAGCUUUGGUUUAUUAUGAUUCCGCAAUUUAGAUAGAUCCAGAAAAUUCAGAUUAUCAUUAUCGCAAAGGUAUGAUCAGUUAUGAUGAUUUCUUAGCUUUUACAUUAAAAGAAGAUUACAAAUUUAAUGAGGCUUUGGAAUGUUAUGAUACAGCAAUCGAGAAAAAUCCAGACAAUCCUGACUAUUUGUAUGACAAAGGUAUCAUAUAACAUUGAAUUUCUAAGCGAAACUUUUAGUUUUAAUGGAAAGAUAUAAAGAGGCGAUUGAAUUUUACGAUUCAGCAAUUAAGAUUAAUCCAAAAAAAUCUUGCUAUUAUAAUUGCAAAGGUAUAAUUAAAUGAUGAUGAUUAAAUAGCCAUUGCAUUAAAUAAACUGUAUCGAUUUCAAGAAGGUCUUCAGAAUAAUGAUUUAGCAAUUUAGUACGAUCCAGAAAAUUCUAAUUAUUAUUUUAACAAAGGUAUGAUUUACUUUUGGAUGAUUUCUUAGCUUGUACUCUAGAUAAAUUGAACGAAACAAAAGAUGCUUUAGAAAAUUAUGACUAAGCAAUUUAGAUAGGCCCAAAUAAUUCUGACUAUUAUAAUGGCAAAGGUAUAAUUAGAUAUUGAUGAUUACUUAGCAUCGACAUUAGUGAAAAUGAAUCGAAACUAUGAGGCUUUAGAAAAUUACGAUUAAGCAAUUCUGAUUAAUCCAAAUGAUUUUCGUUAUAAUAUUAACAAAGGUAUAAUUUAUUUGGAUGAUUUCUAAGCUGAUCUUCUAUAUAAUAUGAACAAAUUUGAAGAAGCUUUAAAAAAUUAUGAAAUCGGAAUUCAGAAAAAUCCAGAAUAUUAUGACUAUUAUUAUCGUAAAGGUAUAACUAAAUAUAGUUGAUAUCUUAGCUAAUACUCUAGAGAAAAUGAACAGAUUUUAAGAGGCUUUGGAAUAUUAUGAUGAGGCAAUAUUGAAAAACCCCAAAAUUUCAUAGUACUAUAGUCGCAAGGGUAUAAUUCAGAAGAGAUAAUUUAGCUUUUAUAUUAUGUCAAAAGAAACAAUUUGAAGAGGCUCUGGAAAAUUAUGAUAUAGCAAUCUCGAUAGAUCCAGAGGAUUCCGAAGGUUAUUUUGGUAAAGGUAUAAUACAAUAUAAAUGAUUUCUUAGCUAAUACAUUAACUCAAAUGAAAAGAUUUGAAGAGGCUCUAUAAUUUUAUGAAUCAGCAAUUUAGAAAAAUCCAGAAAAUUCAGAUUAUUGUUAUCACAAAGGUAAAACCAAAUAUGGAUUAAUUUAUUAGGUUUUACAUUAAAUCAAAUGUAAAGAUUUGAAGAAGCUCUGUAAUGGUAUGAUUCAGCAAUUGAGAGAAAUCCAGAAAAAUCUGACUAUUAUAAUCGAAAAGGUAACAUAUAAAAUGGAUGAUAUCUAAGCAAAUACUUUAGAUUAAAUGUAAAGAUUUGAGGAGGCUUUGGAAUGUUAUGAUUUAGCAAUUUAGAAAAAUCCAGAAAAUUAAAGUUAUCAUAUUCACAAAGGUAUACACAUCAAUUUAUAAUUUCUUAGUUUAUACUCUAGAUAAAUUGGACAAAUUGUAAAAGAUUUUGAAUAUUUAGAAUAAUUCAAAUGUUUAAAAGAAAUAUAAUUACAACUUCUAACUUAUAAAAUAAUUUAUUAACAGGUAUUAAGAAUUUCGUGAUUUGGUUAAUGAAAUAUAAAGAAGACA